CUACAAGGUAAAAGCCAAAAGGGCUCCUUUCGGAGCAGCGCAGUCGGUUGGAAACAUAGAAGGAGAAAAUUUUAGCUUUGCUUGCUCUUCCAGUUGUCUGGUUUUUGAUUAAACUUGUGGGAGACGGAAGUGAAGGAAGAUCAUGGAGAACGGUUAUCACGAAAUCCCUGAAAAUGCUCCUGAGCAUUGCCCAGGUACUCAAUCGGAAUCCGCAGGAAAAUCAGAUGCAUGCCAAGGAUGCCCCAAUCAAGAAGCUUGUGCAACUGCUCCAAAAGGGCCCGACCCAGACUUGGUUGCAAUUGCAGAGCGGAUGGCUACUGUGAAACACAAGAUACUGGUUUUAUCUGGGAAAGGUGGAGUUGGUAAGAGCACCAUCUCCGCUCAGCUCUCAUUUGCACUAGCUGGUAUGGACUACCAGGUGGGCCUCCUUGAUAUUGACAUAUGUGGUCCUAGUAUCCCAAAGAUGCUUGGUCUAGAAGGGCAGGACAUUCACCAGAGCAACCUUGGAUGGUCUCCUGUUUAUCUUGAGUCCAACCUUGGGGUCAUGUCAAUUGGGUUUAUGCUCCCCAACCCAGAUGAAGCUGUUAUAUGGAGGGGACCCCGCAAGAAUGGGUUAAUUAAGCAAUUCUUAAAGGAUGUCUAUUGGGGGGAACUUGACUGUCUAGUGGUGGAUGCCCCUCCUGGGACCUCUGAUGAGCAUAUCUCAAUUGUCCAACUCCUCCAGGUGACAGGUAUUGAUGGGGCAAUCAUUGUGACUACUCCACAGGAGGUCUCACUGAUUGAUGUGCGGAAGGAAGUGAGUUUUUGUAAAAAAGUUGGGGUACCCGUGCUGGGGGUGAUCGAGAACAUGAGUGGGUUGCAACAGUCAUUGACAGAUUUCAGGUUUAUGAAGGUUACUGAGAUUGGGGAGGAGACAGAUGUGACAGAGUGGGCAUUACAGUACAUGAGAGAGAAGGCACCGGAAAUGCUAGAUUUGGUGGCUAGGGGAGAGGUGUUUGACAGUAGCAAGGGUGGUGCAGCAAAGAUGUGCAGGGAGAUGGACGUGGCCUUCCUUGGGAAGGUGCCCAUGGACCCCCAGUUGUGCAAAGCUGCUGAGGAAGGGCGGUCGUGCUUUGCUGAUCAGAAGUGUGGGGCCAGUGCACCUGCUCUGAAGAGAAUUAUACAAACACUGGUGGCAAACUGGGCAGUUGAAGCCUCUGGAUGAUAGUGCGUAGGCAAGAAGAUCAAGCUGAGUUUCACCAUUGCAAAAUGAUAUUUUGUUUUUUUAUAAUUUUCCUUUCUUUUUCCUUCCUCCCUUCCUUAAUCCUCAACUGGUUGAAUAUAUGAAUGGUUGUUUAUAUAAAUAUAUCAUAUAGUGAAUGUACUUCCAUUCAUCAUCUUAGGACCAUAAUGUGCGAGGCCUUGCCCCGAAAGUGAUUUUGAGUCCCUGUUGAAUAAAUGGAGUGAAGCUUGACAUGGCCCA